CCAAACUCGUGCGCGACCCCGGCUCGUUCGGUUACCGGCGGCUGCUGCCUUUCCUCAACGAGAUGGCUAAGAAUGAUAGCUCAAUCGGCAAGGAAGUGCCCUCAGACAACGCGGCUGCGCACUCAAAGAACGAGCUCAGCAGAUCUUACUCUCGGUUGGUUGAUGAGCCGUUGGGUGACAGUCACCGCGAAUCUGAUGGCAUAGAUUCUGUGGAGCCGGCGGUGGUGAAGACUGGAGACACCGAGGUGAAGGAUGGCUGCAACAACGUCAUGGAAGAGGCCAACAUUUUCCCUCAUGACCUUGCAAGCAGCAAGCCGUGGCUUGGCCGGUGCACGAGGUCGAGGUUUGUUCACCAUCCGAGCUCGUUCAGCUACAAAAGGAUGCUGCCAUUUCUCAUGGAGAACGAAAUCUCUUCUCAGGAAGGUCAAAGGGUCAAAAUUCGAAGAGUCGCAGAGGAAAGGCUACUAGCAUCAGAUGAGAAUGGCAUCAUGGCCAGUGGGCAGCAGCAAUUCGCUGUCUCUGAUGACUCUUCUCAGGAACGCAGCAGAGCUCAAGUUGAAAGAAUGGAGGAAGAAGAGCCACCAAAAGCUGAUGAAAAUUGUGUUGUUGAUGACAGGCAGACUCAGUCUGCUGUUACAAAAGCCUCUCCUCCAGAAUGCAAUGCAGCUGAAGCGCAAAAUGUCUUGCAGCAAGAAGCUUUGACUCCAAGUCAAGACCCACUAACUUCUUCUGAGGGUGAUUUAAUAUCAGGUGGGGAUGAUGUCCAGGCAAGUGGUCAGCAUCAGAUUGUUGUAUCAGAGGAUUCUCCAGAGGAAUGCAAAAGAGACAAAGUCGAAAGAAGUGUACAAGAUGAAGCAGUAAAAUCAGAUGGGAGCCAUGUUCUGGAUAGAAGGGAAUUUCAGCCUGCUGAAGUCUCUCCUUCGAAGAAUGACACGGCUGACGUGCAAAAGGCCACACAAGAAGAGCCAUCACCUUUAGAUGGAGAUGAAGAAAAUUCAGACAAGGGUGACCAUCUUGCCAAUGAGCAGCUUCAGCCCUGUGUCGCAAAGGAGUCCCUGACUGCACAACUGCAAGAUAAUGCUGAAUUCGUUGAAGUACCGCAGUGCCAAAACAAAGACUCAGGAUGUCAUGAUGUUGGUUUUGUUAGCCCUACCAAGACCGUGAUACCAUUGUUGUAUCGGCGUUGUGCACGAGAGCCUGAGGAUUCCGUGGCUUCUCAUGAUGACCAGCUUCUUGACAGUGACAUACAAAUGAUCUGCAGGCCUUCUCAUCCUUGUGCUGUUGACAGAUCCUUAUCAGUAGAGGAAAUGUCUGGAUGUAUUCCGCUUGCUGAAUCGGGAUGCAAAGCAGGCAUAUCGCAGCCAAUAGGUGCCCAUUCUAUGGAAAAAAGUGGUCUUUCUCCUAAGAAGAUUUCUCCAAAGAAAGGAAUACUUAAGAGGCAUCCAAGGGGGUGCAAGGGUAUCUGCAUGUGUUUAGCCUGCUGUACAUUUCGUCUACAUGCUGACCGAGCUUUUGAGUUCUCUAGGAAGCAGAUGCAAGAAGCAGAUGAUAUAAUAAGUAACUUAUUGAAGGAGGUGGCAAAUCUUAGGAGUCUGGUGGAGAAGCCUGCUGUCCAAGAGUCGACACAAGCAGCUUGCAAACAGGCCUCUCAGGUGGAAGAGGUGGCCAGAGAACGUCGCCGGCAGAUGUUCGUGGAUCUGAAUUCCCACUGCAGAAUCCCUGGACCAAGGGUAAGAUUCGCGCAGUAUGCCGAGGAAAAAAAGGCGGCGCCAUCUUCCGGUAGCAGCCGGAGGUGACCGAACUUCUGAAGGUGGUCUCAGCCUGCUGACCUACUGAUAGUCUAGCUGUUGUUCAGCACAUUCUGUGUGCAGCCACUUGGGAAGUGCUAGCUUACCUUCUGCUUGGACUCUGAUAUAUAUCCGGUUUCGUGGAGGCAAUGCGAUGUGCUGCUGUUGGGGUGAGGGGGUGGUUCAGUGGUUGUCAUAGGGACACAAUGAAGCCCUGGAAUGAAAUGUAGUUGAGUUCUCGCAAGCCAGAACAUGCCGGUUUGCUAUGCAGGAGGGAUUUUUGAGCCAUGAAAUGGCGGUGGCGUCGUUGUAAGGAGGGCGUCUUGGCGUUGGUUUGUGAUGCUUGGUCCUUGUACCAUGUAUACCAUGUCUCUAAUUCAUACGUAGAGAACAGCUUCAGAUUUGUUCGGUGGCCGGCAUGAGUGCUGGUUGGUUUCAGGCUUCCAGGCCUGGAAACAUGGGUGUGAGCUUAGCUGGAGAGGUUUGCAGGUCUAAUCCAAGGAUCUAGAGUUGUUUUUAAGUUGUGUAACUGCCUAACUGGUAGUAUGAAAUGUAUGAUGGAUGACUGGAAUGGAACUGAAGUAAACAGUCUGAUUGGAAUGGAA